UAUGGCAGAGAGGCUUGCGGUGUUGGAAGGGAGGGAGGGAGGUGAAGGAGAGACUUAUACUGGGAGGGAGGUAAGGUUGGUGUCACCCCGUCUGCUCCCUGACUCCAUCAGUGUGGCAGGCACCCCAGCAGCGGGCGUUUCAAAUUAGAGGCACCUAGUGGAUCGAGGUACUACUUCAUCAGUGUCACUAUCUCCUUGACACUCCCUCCUUGGCACUAGGGUCAGCGACACGUAGGUGUCUUCAGAACAUACGGGCCGCAACACACAAGAGACUGCAGAACAAUACGGGUUGUACCACGUGUCCACAGAACAACACGGGCCGCUCCACACAGCACCAUCUGACGAGACGCCCGGACGCCGCCCCUGCCACGCCCACACUCCUCUCCUGCCACGCCCACACUCCUCUCCUGCCACGCCCACACUCCUGAGACGCCCACAAACCCUCUCCUGUCACGCCCAUGUCCAGUGACGACCACAUCCGUUCCUAACACGGUCACAUCUUUCUCUUGUGACAAACACAUUCUUCUGGCACGCCCACACUCCUAUUCUGACACGCCCACAUCACCUAUUUUGCCCACACCUCCUUGCCGCCCACACGACCCACUCAAACACCUUUCCUCUUCCCUACUCUACCAAAGCAAAGGUGUGUUGAAGGAGAGGUAACAGCAGAGUGAUCAAGAAAGAGAAACACAGAUUUCACCAGAGUGAGACAAGAAGACAACACACAUCUCAGUUGUUCUCUCAGAAUUAACAAGGGACAUCUUCCCUUGAGCGAGUGGAAACAGAAAGGAAGAAACACAGGGAGAAAGGGAAAAAAGAAGGGAGAGAGAAGGCAGAAGUGAUCACAAUGGUCGCCACCAAGAAGAAAACGGAGAAGAGUCGCCUGCUGCCGUGGUGGCAGCCGGAGUCGACCAUAGCAGCCCCUCCCUCCAUCACUACCUACGGUGGAGCCACACCUGGGAAUGGCAGCCCUCCCUCGGAGUCACAGCUGGAGUGUAGUGGUCAACAUGGUAGAGAACAGAGCGGUCUGGGUGUUCUCCUUACGUCAUUCUUCUUGGUGGCCCAAGUGGCUGGCCUCGGAGUCCUGGCCCUACCCUGGGCCGUCGCACAGACAGGCUGGUGGGGUGUGGGCGUCCUGGUGACUUCCUGCAUCAUCGUGGGGUUCUCAGCAUGUCGCCUGGGCACAUGCUGGGUCAUCCUGGAGGAGAGGUGGCCGGAGUACCAGAGGGCGUGUCGUAAACCCUACCCUGCCAUGGCCUACAGGACCCUAGGAAGACCUGGUUGGUACCUGGUGAACGUGGUUCAGUUCGUAACGCUCUUCGGCGUGUCCACGGUGACCAUCCUGCUGUCGGCGGAGCUUGUGGCUUCAGUGCUGGAGCCCCUGGUGCCCACCCUCACUGUCUGUAGUUGGGUCAUCGCCUGUGGCUGUGUCUUCGUUCCUCUCUCCUGGCUCGGCAGCCCAAGGGAGUUUUGGCAUGUGUCAGUGUUGGCGCUGGUGGCGACGCUUGCAGCUGUGGUGGUGGUGGUGGUGAAGGUGCUGGUGGAACCUACCACCAUCCAACCAGAGUACCCACCACCUACCUUCUCCUCCUUCUUCCUGGGUUUUGGCACCAUCAUGUUCUCUUAUGGUGGGGCAGUCACCUUCCCCACCAUCCAGAAUGACAUGUCUGACCGAUCCAAGUUUCCACUGGCUGUUGUCAUAGCAUUCGCCACACUGCUGGUGUUGUAUGUACCUGUGGCUACACUGGGCUACCUGGAGUUUGGCGAAGCUGUCAAUGUGAACAUCCUUCUGUCUGUGCACGGUCCAGCAGUGACAGUGGUCAGGGUGCUGAUGCUCAUCAACAAUGUCUUCACCUACACCAUCGUGGUCAACCCACUAUCACAGAACAUGGAGGAGGCACUGGCACUCCCACAUGGUAGGUUGGCACUCCCACAUGGUGAUUGUAAGACUACUUGUGGGAGAUUUAUUGCGUGCUAUAUUACAAGCAGGAAAAUUGGGUAUAUGGUUCCAUAG